AUGCAUGAAAUUGCGAAUCAGUUCAAGUAUUCUGAGCGUCAAGUCGUCUCCUGACCCUGAUCCCAUUCCGAUCGGAGAUAGAUGACGGAAGGUUUGCCGGGCUAAGGGAGAAUAUCUAUCAGUGCCUGCUCGCUGUGGGACUGCGGCGCCUCGACUAGCGCCGGCUCGGAGGCAACUAAUUUUGGGGAGAAUUCCGUGGGUCUGAGUGCCAGGGAGUCGAUAUGGACACUCCAACGCUCAAGUGUCCCCGAUCCGGCCGAGUUCUGACUCCACUGUCCAUGGAUUAUUGGCGACUGAAGAAGAAACUCAAUAGGAUCAUUUCGGACUCAUCGAGCUCGGAUGAAGAAAAUGAUGAAACGCCGCUCAAGAAAUCGCACGGCCCCGCCAAAGAAGCUCCUGUACGAAAAAGAGAGAGCGGAAUCAUGCCUCCUCGAAACUCUUCUCCGAACGACGCGCGAUCAGGUGUUGCGCCACCGAUUCUCGAGAAGAUACCUGAGCUCUCGAGAUCGGACGUUAAGCCCCGGAGAAGUCGAGACGGAGCGCGGAGUUCUCUACAAAUGACCGAACGAUACGGAGAGGACAGUGACGACGAAGAUAUUGUGUUCAAAGCUCGUCGCAGAGCCCAGAAGUUUACUAUAGAGAGCUCGCCCCGCCACCGUUAA